ACCAGGGAAGUAAAGUAGGAUGAAAGAGUUUCCGCGUUGAACCAGGAUCUGUCAUGGAAACGGCAUGGGUUUACGUGCUUUGUGCUUUAUUCUUGUGUGUGACUUCGACUGAAGAAGAUCAAAAAAUAAAGUUUAAACCCCCUUCAAAACCUGUGCGACUUUUCACAGAGGAGGAGUUGGAGAAAUACGACGGGACCGAGGAGGACCUGCCUAUUUACAUGGCAGUAAAAGGAGUGGUGUUUGAUGUCACUAAAGGAAAAGAGUUUUAUGGCAAAGGCGCUCCGUACAAUGCUCUGGUUGGAAAAGAUUCAUCUCGAGCUGUGGCCAAAAUGUCUCUGAACCCAGAAGACCUCACACCUGAUACUACCGGUCUAACAGAGGAGCAGUUGGAGUCCCUGGACAGUAUUUUUGAAGGUACAUAUAAGAGCAAGUAUCCCAUAGUGGGUUACACCGCAUCCCGGAUCCUGAACCCAGAUGGGACCCCCAACAAAGACUUCAGACCCGAGGACCAGCCACACUUUCAGAUCAAAGAUGAGUUUUGAUCUAAUAGGAUAUUAGGUAAUAAUAUUAUGUAAAGCAGGUCUGACACUUCAAAGGAAUUUACUUGAAAAGAAACACAAACAAAACAAUAGUGCAAUAGCUUUAUGAGGGAAGAACAUAUUUGGUUCAAAUGUAAAAUGCUUGGGUAAGAUAAGCAGACUGAAUGAUGAUUAUAUGAUAAGGAAAACAAAGUGAUCAAUUAUAAGCAUAACUUAAAAGGUGAACUGUGCAACUUUUCUGAUGAAGGGUCUGCUACUUACUUGUCUCCAUGGCGAUGUCAUUAUUCUGUUGCUCAAAAAUAGAAUACAAUCCUUCUGUGAAUAGGGACGACUCUCCACAGAUCUGAAUUGUAAUGUAGUGUAGUGCUGUUUAAUCUAUACUCUGAAACAUUCUAGACAAAGCAAACAUUUCCUUAGAGAUAAACAUGUCAAGACCCUCCACUAGAAAUGUUACAGUGUACAUUUAAUAAGACGAUAAGUUAAAAUGUACCCUAGCCUUGUUCUUUUUUUUUUUUAAUAUACUAAGAUACUAUAUGAAAUUGUUUAAUAAUAUUUUGGAUAACUACCUUCUGAACUUCUUCCAUUUGUGAAUAUCUUUGUUAGAGAGACCCCUGGUGGUUAGAUACAUGCUAGUGUGUAGUAUAAUCAUUUACAUUCAAUGGUACUAUACAUUCAAUGGUGACACUCCAGAAAACAUAAUACAUUUAAGCAAAAGAUAUUGGAUUAUGAUGAUUUUUUGUUAAAUACAGCAAAAUAAAUAUAACAGUCACACCCUG